AUGACUAAAGGACAAGACGCUGCCACUGUUCAGGCGACUAAAGGACAAGACGCUGCCACUGUUCAGGCGACUAAAGGACAAGACGCUACCACCAUCAAUGUUCCUAAGAAGUGGCGUGAAGACAACCAGUGCGGAGAGGGCUACCCUGCUGCAGACGGUAACCCUGCUGAAUGCGACCCUGACGGUAUUUACCCAUGCUGCUCCCCGUUCAACUGGUGCGGCAACACUGCAGCACACUGCGACUGUCCGGACUGUGUCGACUACAGGAACACAGGCCACAAGCCCACAUCGUGCGCUGAAGCUAAAUCUCUACGCUCCAAUGCCAACGACGGCGAGUACAUACUUUACCCCUUUUCAACGGACAGUGAUGUAGCCCUUGGCGUCUAUUGCCAUGACAUGGCAUCUGGGGAACCCAAAGAGUUCCUAACCCUACCAUCCGGUCCUGAUGAGAACUAUGCCAUUUUCUUUGCUGACCGACUGGUCUACGCAUGGCACUCGCAAUGCACCGGUUCAUUACAGCACCCAUACGACAAUCGAGGGACCACGAAGUUCAGCAAGCUCAGAAUCCAGUUUAAUACAUCCAGGAUCGAAGUUAUUGGAGAUGACUACACCUUUGCUCAAACCACUGGGCCAAAUGAUGUUGCUUACGGGCAUGCAGGCGACUGUUAUUCAGCAAAACAGGGGUGUGCUAAGGGAACGUUCAAAGUGGAUCUGACUGGGACGGGACUUGCGCUGGCACCAGAAGUCCACUGGGUCAUGGGUGACUGCUACCCAGCAGAUCUGACCAUCAACGACAUGUUUCUCUCGGAGGACAGAAAGGUUGCCUCUGCCCGAUGUGGUGGAUGGUGUGGCUACUGCCGGCCCGAUGGAGAGAAAAUAUAUCUGACACCCUCACAAGCUCCUAAGAAGUGGCGUGAUGACCUGCGUUGCGGGCAGGGCUACCCUGCUGCAGACGGUAACCCUGCUGAAUGCGACCCUGACAGGUUUUACCCAUGCUGCUCCCCGGGAAACUGGUGCGGCAACACUGCGGCCCACUGUUACUGUUCGGACUGUGUCGACUACAGAAACAAAGAAACAGCCUACGCCUGUGGUGAGAGUGGCACCUUGCAGCUGUCGUGUGGAGAGGGAAAGACGCUCCUCAUCUUGGGCGCCAACUACGGCCGUACGUCGACCAACCACGACUGCCGAUGUUCCACCUGUCGCACCAACUGCCGGGCAGCCAGCAGCCUGUCCGUGGUGCAGAGCGCCUGCCAGGGCGAACAGCAGUGCGCCGUGCGGGCCACUGCCUCCGUUUUCGGCGACCCCUGCAGGGGUGUGCAGAAGUACUUGGAAGCGUCAUACCGCUGUAUCACAGAAAGUAACGUCGCCCAGGGCAAGACAGCAACAGCAAGCACUCAUCCUUCACAAUGGGGACCGGAAAAGGCUGUGGACGGCCUCAGAGGGACGUUCGUUUCCUGGUACAACCAGUGCCUUCAUACCCUCCGGGUGUAUCAGCCGUGGUGGAAGGUGGACCUGGGUGGUGAGGGUCACUACACGGUUAACCGUGUCAGCGUUCUAAACAGGGGCGACUGCUGUGGAGAGCGACUGCGAAACUUCCAGGUGCGAGUUGGCCCGAACGAGAACUUCGCCCAGAAUGACCAGUGUGGGGGGACUUACACGGCACGUCCAGCCAAUGGAGCAACCAUUGUGGUGUACUGUGACCAGCCGAUGUCCGGCCGUUAUGUGUCUAUUCAGGUGAUGGGCCGGUCCGACAAUCUGCAAAUUUGCGAGGUCGAGGUCUUCGCUGAAACAGUGAGCAAGUACAUUGGCCUGGGUUGCUGGAGGGACACAUACACCCGCGCCAUUCCAACUCUGGAGGGGACAAAUUCACGUCUAGAUGGCAGCUACCCUACUCGUCAAAACCCCAUAGAGAAGUGUUACCAGGUAGCAAUCUCUCGUGGUUUCCCCGUGUUUGCUGUACAGGCAGGCGGUUGGUGUGCUGGGUCUGCUGAUGGGCUCAACACCUUCAACAGGUACGGACCUUCCACAGCCUGUGCAGCGGACGGAGAAGGAGGUUCUUAUGGAAACGAGGUCUACAAGAUUACAGGAAGCGAAAGCCGUGAGUACAUCAGCCUGGGUUGCUGGAGGGACGAACUUGAUCGCGCCAUUCCGACCCUCGAGGGAACAGAUGCACGCCUAGAUGGCAUCUACGCUUACCGUCAAAACCCCAUAGAGAAGUGUUACCAGGUAGCACGCUCUCGUGGUUUUACCGUGUUUGCUGUACAGGAUGGCGGCUGGUGUGCUGGAUCUGCUAGUGGGCUCAAUACCUUCAACAAGUACGGCCCUUCCACAGCCUGUGCAGCGGACGGCGAAGGCGGAAGUAUGGCAAAUCAAGUCUACAAGAUUACAGGGUAGUGGGAUGGAGAACGGAAGCACUGGCCUCUACUCCUCUCCACAACUCAGCAUGGAAGCAGUGGCAAAUAGACAGAGCGGUCAACAAUACAAUAGAGAAACAGACUGAUUUUUGUGUGUAUGUUAUGUGUGUGUGCGAAAUAUUUUAACAACAACUUCAAAGACUAUAUGAGAAAAAGCAGUUUUACACGAUGGUUUGUCAUAAUACUCGUUUUUUUUCACGUGUUUUGCAUACAAUUCACACGUCAAGCCUUUCCCGUAUAUAAAUUGAUGUGUUGUAGGCAAUAUUCGUUUGAUGUAUAAUAUACGAAGGAAAAUGGUUUGCGUUCCUGCUAGAUGUGACAUUUGUUAUGUAUGUGGUCACAACAUCCACUGACGACUUUGUUCAGAUUUGAAUUAAAGGAGAGAAAAUAC